UGAUACCGGAGGGAGCAUAGAAUGAAAGUAUGUGGGGACAAAGACCGAACCUGUGCUUUUAGUAAACAAACGCUGUUUUACUGCUAACAUGAGCGGUCAUUGGAGAAAAUAAUUACCCGCACCUGAAAUAGUCAAACGAAACAAAGGCUUUGACAGAGUCUCAUUUUACCCGGUGGCUGCUCUCUGUUAGCUAUGUUAACGGAAGAUCAUGAUGAAUCGAGCUGUGACUACCUCGUAGCAGCAACAAUGCUCGGGCCUGUCAUAACCGGCCUUUUCAGUCUUUGUCCGUCACAUUAGUGACCAUGGAUGUCAGAGCAGUGCUGCAGUUUGCCACAUUCACCAGGAGCCUCUCGCUCCUGUUGCAGGCUGUGUUGAACGCUGUCAUCCCAGACCAUGAAGCUGAUGCGUUCAUGCCCCCGCGGACAGAAGAGCCUCUGUACCUGGAUUCUGCAGUGGAGUGGUUACUGGGUGGCCUCUCUCACUGGGAUGCAGAGCACUUCCUUUUCAUUGCAGAGAGAGGAUAUCUCUAUGAGCACAACUUUGCGUUUUUCCCCCUCUUCCCCGUUGUGCUCCGUGGCCUGGCAGAGACACUGCUGUGGCCACUGAGCGGCUGGCUGAGUGUGCGGGGCCGUCUGCUGGUGGCUGUUGCUGUAGGUAAUAGUGCCCUCUUCCUGCUGAGUGUGGUCGCCCUGUACGCUCUUAGCAGAACAGUUCUGCAGGACCGACGUCUUGCUCUGCUCUCCAGCCUUCUUUACUGCAUCACACCUGCCAAUGUUUUCAUGACUGCUGGAUACUCAGAGAGCCUGUUUGCUGCCCUCACGUUUGGUGGUCUGUUCCUCCUGGAGAAAGGAUUUACCUUCCGGGCCUGCUUGGCGCUCAGUAUAGGCACCGCAGCUCGAUCCAACGGACUUGUCAACAUUGGAUUCCUGCUGUAUCUACCAUCACUGCAUGCCAUUUCUCAGAUUCGUGUGUAUCGCACAGCAACAAAAAGCCACUUCAAAGUCUUCCAUUACAUUUGGGUUAUCAUCCGUCUCCUGCUCACUUCCCUCUUGGGAACUGCCUUUAUUGCUCUUCCCUUUUUUGCUUUCCAAUACUAUGGGUAUAGGACGUUUUGCACACCAUCUGUCUCCCUGGAGCAGAUCCCCCCAGCUCUUAUCUCACUGGCUGAACGGAAAGGUUACCGAGUACCAGAUGAAAAUGGUCCACCACCCCUCUGGUGCAUGAGACCCCUUCCCCUUCUUUAUUCUCAUAUCCAGGACGUGUAUUGGGAUGUGGGCUUCCUUCGUUACUUUGAGCUGAAGCAGACACCAAACUUUAUUCUAGCUCUACCUAUGGCUUCCCUCGGCAUAAUGGCAGCUUAUGCAUAUUUUAUAGCUAAUCCAGAACUCUGUCUGAGACUUGGGCUCUGGGAGACAGGUGCAAACAAAGGGCUCGAAAAACCCACACCGGGAUUCUUCAACCCCAGGGUGUUUGUGUAUAUUGUGCACUCUACAGUACUUCUGAUUUUUGGAACUUUGUGCAUGCAUGUGCAGGUUCUAACCAGAUUCAUGGCCUCCUCAUCUCCUGUGCCAUUUUGGAUAAGUGCUCAUCUACUCCUCCUCAAUGAGCCACUUCUUCAUCGUAGGAAAACAUCCAACCCCAGCAUACAGCUACAGACAAAUUCCAGAAAUGGAUGCAAACACACACCUCAAAACCCCAUAAUUGCACUGCUGCUGCAUUUUAAAAUUUGCUCAUCUACCACACAAAGCAUCCUGGGAUACUUCCUCUCUUACUGGGUGCUUGGGCUGGCACUGCACUGUAACUUCUUGCCAUGGACAUAAGACAUGACUCAGCUUUAAUUGCAAUAUUUAUGUGUAGGACUAGGUUAUUUACCAUAUUUUACUUGACAUGAAUCCACAAACAAAGCCAUUUUUCUCUGCAAUUGUUACAUUACAGAAAUUAUAAUGACAAUAAUAUUACUGUAAUUAAAUCCAAAUCAAAUAAAAAACAAAAUACUUGGCCUUAUAUUUUGGUGAUGAUGCCCAACUUGUCUUGCUUUCAUUUUUAAUGCAGAUGUAUUUAUGUAGUAGUCAACAAAUUUCAUUACUACAUCUUCAUCAAACAUGUUUGUAGUUGACUGAGAACUUUUGGUUGUAAAUUUUUGGAAAGACUGGUUGUACUUGGGAAAGACACUUGGUGAAAUAUUAAGAUUUUAUCUACUGUUUGUUAUUGCACUGCAUGUUUGUUAGAAUUAUGCCAAGAUAAAGCUGGGGUCUUUUGGAUGUGACUGAAAAAAUAAAGAUUUUGUUGCAGUAAAAUAUAA